GGCGGCCUCCCGGGGCGGCCGCGCCAGCCACCGCCGGGAUUUCCGCUCUGCCGCCGGUGCCGGCUCUCCCCGACGGCGCCCGGCUCUGCAGCAGGACUGAGAACCGGAUGCUUGGUCCCUGGUCUUCUGGCCCCGCUGCGAGGUGGGAGUCCUUCACCUGGUGUCCUGUUCCCAAGGAUUCUGAGGCCAAAUGCUUUUCAGACUCACACGUACCACGGUGUGGGGUUCUGGGCUGACGGGGUUUUGAAGAAGCAAGCCUCAAGCGGCGGCCGCAUGGCCCACGUGUUCGUGUACGGGACCCUGAAGACGGGCCAGCCCAACCACCGGGUGCUGCUGGACGGCGCCCACGGGCGCGCCACCCUCCGGGGCCGGGCCCGCACGCUGGAGCCGUACCCGCUGGUGAUCGCGGGGGAGCACAACAUCCCGUGGCUGCUGCAGCUGCCAGGGCACGGCCGCUGCGUGGCCGGGGAGGUCUAUGCCGUGGACGAGCAGAUGCUGCGCUUCCUGGAUGAGUUCGAAGGCUGCCCGGACAUGUACCAGCGCACCCUGCUGACGGUCGCCGUGGAGGGGCCGGCCGGCGGGACCGUGCAGUGCUUCGCGUACAGCACGGCCACCUACCCGCCCGAAUGGCUCCAGCUCCCGCACCUCGAUGAUUACGACUCGCAGGGGGAGCACGGGCUGCGCUACAACCCGCGGGAAAGCAGAUGAGAAGUGCAGGGGUUCAGUAGCAGGGGACCCAGAGCCCGACGGUUACAGACCUCGGCGGGGCUGCAACUCAGUGCCAAAGCCCCCUAACGCCCUUUGAAACAUUUGCAAAACUCUUACCUGUUCGUGGGGCGGGGGUGGUGGUGGAUCUUUUGCAAUGGCAGCCGAUUUCCCAAAUAAUUUUGAUUGAUAUAUUGAUAAGAUUGUUUCCUGAAAUCUGUCUGGCUCCUGCUGCUUGAUUGCUUGCUGUUUAAAGAGCAUCAUGGGCUUGAAUGUACCCGAUGAAAAAAAUUCAGGAUUUUAAUUCUCCUGACAUUUUGAAAACUCAUGUUAUCGUGCUUUUCUUAACGUGUUUUUUCCUGCUUUGCUUUAAUCUGAAGAUAACAUUUAAAGUGAAUGUAAGACUUUGUGUGGCAGCUAGAUUUCAGCAGCCCUGCUGUAUUGAUUCAGACCCGUAGCCCUGAGAAAAAAAUUUUAAAAGCUGAUUUUAGAUGUCUCGGUGUAAUAAAAGAACCUCACAACCUGCUGUACUGUCUUCUAGAGUCGUUUUGAGUAUUACACUACUCUUCAUAAUUGUCAGAUCACCUUUCUGCAGAUUAUUCAAGAUGAUCAUUUAAAAUAAAACCAGAUGUUGUAGAAAAUUAAAAUA